GUCAGGAAUACCUUAGUACCUGUGGUAUAUACUUUGGAUUGUGUAUAGACUACAGACUACAGAUGGUGUAUUACCUAGCAGAUAGUGUAUUGAGGGGCAGUUAUCAGUAUUAGUAUUAGUAUAGGGAGGUAUGAUACCAGCGUUGGAUACGAUAAUAACAAGCAUGAUUCGAUCCAACGAUCCAAUGAUCUAUGGACUGCGUUCACUGCUUCGUUACUUCGCUACUUCACUACUUCACUACCUCAUCACGACGUUCUCAAUCCUCAAUCCUCAAUCCUCUAUACUUAGGGUUCCAGAACAACGAGUAAUGCAGUAUUUCACAAGACGUGAGAUGGCAUUUGUGAUAUGGACAGAUGGAAACUUUAGCUUUCACACAUACCCCCACAAACACACAUACUCUCUCACUUUGAUAAUUUGUCAUUGUUUUAUCAUUGUCAAUCUACCAGAUGCCGCUGCUGCUGCUGAUGAUGAUAAGACGAUGCCGAAACAAAAACAAGUACAAGUACAAAUACAGACGAAACCUUAUUCACGACACGACGGAUAUCAAGAUUCAAGACCAAAGAGACUGGCUUUUCCUCGACUUCAAACAUGCAUAGAUGAUACGGACACUGAGCCACACAAGACUGACCAAGAGGAAUGACACAUGGAGAUAUUUAUGAAUAGAGGAUGUAAAACGCUAUAGUAAAGGCAAGGAAACGC